AUUGUGGGCUCCAACAUUAUUUUGACAUUUCAAACUUGACUUGUGUGAAAUGUGGACCGAACCAAGUCAGCAGUAAAUCAGUUUGGUCAUCCAGUUCGCCUCGACCUAUGCCUGUGAGGAGGUGAUGAUGUUCUUUGAAGCUACUGCAGCAUGGGCGAUCGAAGCACGGGCAGUUUGAGUGAAGUCGCUGGAGUAGCCAACCGAAGGCAUGCAGUGGAAAUAUGUGAAAACGCAAUCAAGUUUGAGCUGUGAGUGUCAGACAGGUUUCAAGAUCCUGAACAGCAACGGCGGAUACAUUACCUGCCAAAAAUGCACAGACACCAAACUGGGUGUUACUCAGGAUGGAUAUGAUUGUAUCAGAUGUCCAGGAGGACUGGGGGAGGAUGGGAAGUGCCAGUGUCCUACAGGCAGUGUUGUUGUGGAAAGAAAUGCAGAUGGAAUCCCUCUCCAGGAAGCCCGGUGUGAAUUAUGUAAUGGAACAGAUCCAGCUUUUUCUUUCCUAGACAUAAAAAGCAAUAGAUGUGUGAGAUGUCAGGAAUCCUUCAUCAACACGUCUCAGUCCUGCGAGUGUGGCUCCAACAUUCUGGCUGGAGGAAUGUGUUUCCCUCCCAACAACCUGCCCACUUCGGUUGUAUCUACAAUCAAUUUUCCUCAGUUGGGUCUAGCUGUUACGUCUGCCUGGUUCUCUAGCUUCCUGUAUUCUUCUGCAGCUGCAUGUCUGUUGUUCAGUAAUCGGACAGCAUGCCAGGCUCUGGGGAACAUGUGUGUGUUGAACAUGCACUCCUCAAGCACUAUCAGCAACGAUGCCUGCGGCCUCUUCAACACCAUCUACAGAGCAACAGCGGCGCAGGGCAACAACCAGGAUAACCCCUACUGGAGGGUGAACCUGCCGUGGCUGUAUUAUGGAGAACAGCCAGGAUUGGCAUCAAGAGUUCUGCAGACUGAUCCACUGCCUGUAGGCUUCAGCUUUAAAGGCACAAACAACAACACGAACAUAAAGCUACUGGCUGCAGUGUACACAGCACAAGGAGAGUUUAUAAGAUGGGAGAGUGUUGGUAGAAGAAACCUGCAGCUUUGUCAAGAUACCUUAACCAGACUGCAGGCUGCUUACACAUUUGGGACGGCCUACAAACAAAACUGUGUUCUCUCAGUGUUGGAUCUCCUGGCUGCUCAUUCAGAGCCUCUGUUUUAUGACAUCUUCAUCGAGCAGCAGACCGCUGAGGGAGAGAAGCGCCUCCUCGCUGUGCCUAUUCUCAAUCUCAUUCUGCAGUUAAAUGGCCAGUUUAUCAACCAAGACUCUAACAUGAAUAGCUGGUACUUGACACGGAGGCUGAUGAUAGUAGACACUUUGAGUGGGAGAGAAAAGAGUCUGACUUCCACCCCCAGAGUUAUUCGUGUGGCCACUAACUUACAAAUUAGGUUCCAGCUAGUGCCAAACACCCAGAAAGGACAGGUGUACCCUCCUCUCAUGAUUGUCUCCUACUCUGAUAUUCACAUCACUGACCUGGCCAAGCAAACAGUAGCAGUAUCGUUCUCUUUGGAGUAUAAGAUGGAUCAGAAUGAAGCUCGAGUUAAAACUGAUAUUGCUCUGGGUGUGUUAGGUGGAGUGGCUGUUGUGUACUCUCUAUUGAAAACGGCAAGUUGGAAAAGAAGAAUCGCCUCCCCUCUCAUUGACGUCCAGACCGUUUUGAAGUUCCUGGUGUUCUACGCUGGAGAUUUGGCAAAUGUUUUCUUCUUCAUCACCGUGGGAACUGGUCUGUACUGGCUCAUUUUUUAUAAGGCUCAGCAAUAUGUAUCUGUAUUAUUGCCAUUACCAGCUCAAGAGGAAAGUUUUGUGAUAUACGUUGGCUGUGCUUUUGCACUUAAGGCGGUGCAGUUCCUUCAUGAGUUGUGGUUGCAAAUGUCAGUGGAUAUAUUCUUUAUAGACUGGGAGAGACCUCGCAGCAGCAAGUCCAGUAAAUCUGUAGAAGGGUGUGGUGAAGGAAGGACCCCAACACCUACAGUCAGCAUCUGGAGAACAUACUUUGUGGCUAAUGAAUGGAACGAGAUCCAGACCAUCCGUAAGAUCAACCCCACUUUCCAGAUCAUCUCCGUGCUCUUCUUCCUGGAGGUGGUGAGUUUCUCCAGCCUUGCACUGAGAGACCCUUCUUCAGAGCUUCAGCGCUCAGGCGAGGGAUACAUACCUGCCUACAGCCGCAUACUGCGCUACGGUGUGGCAACUGCUGUGUGGCUGUGCAUUGGGUUCAUACAGAUCAUCAUCUUCUCAGUUUUCUAUGAGCGUUUUGUGGAAGACAAGAUUCGGCAGUUUGUGGAUCUUUGCUCCAUCAGCAACGUGUCAGUCCUGCUGCUUUCUCUACGCUGUUUUGGCUACUACAUCCACGGCCGAUCUGUGCACGGCCACGCCGACACUAACAUGGAGGAGAUGAACGCGAACCUGAAAAGAGAGGCAGAGAAUCUUUGCGGCCAGAGAGGACUAUUACCUAAUUCUGACAUUCAGACUUUUCAAAUCUCCAUAACAAGCCGUCUGAGGGCGCAGUACGAUCGCAUAUUCGAGCCACUCGGUAGAAGAAAUGGGCCCUCGCGAUUGAUCGAUGCCUCGGCCAACCCAUUCGAGCAGAACACAAAAGCCUAUCACACCAUGAACCGCUUUCUCGCCUCUGUUAUUGACCAUGCUCAUCGUGAGAUGGAUUACAUUGUGAAAGAUAAACUGUUCUUUGAAAGAAUCAUUGGAAUGGAGUUUAUUGAACCCCUGGACAAAAGCAUUUUUUAUAAUGAUGACUCUCACUCCUUCACUGAGGUCCUCUUCUAUGGAAACGAGGCGACGCUGUUGGUCUUUGACACGCUCUUUUUCUGUGUCGUUGAUCUUGGCAGCCAGAACUACAUUCUGGCAGCUGUACUAACAUACGUACAGCAACUGAUCUUCAGGCUGAUUCGAAAUGUCUCCGGUCGCAGGAACCUGGCCAGAAAAACUCUGAUUGACAAGAGAUUCCUCAUCUAAUUUAUUUAUUUUUUAAAUCAUUUUCAUUUUGCCUUAUUGCCAGUUUUAUUGUAGUUCUGACUUUGCCAGUUUUAAUUCUCAAAGCAAGUUGUGUUUCGAUGCCUUUAUGUUUUAAUAGUUUGGACUAGACUUUCUUGUUUUUUAUUUGUAUAGUUUAUAGUUUAUUUCUUGUGGCGUGUACAUCAAUUUCAGUAUUUUUCUACAGCAUUAAUGACUGUGUUGAUUGAUUGUGUGGCUGUUGUACAGGAUAUAGAAGUAACAACCAUGAAGAUACAGGUGGAGCUUCUGUUAAUGUUCACAUCAAACAUCAGAAUAGGGCAAAAUUUGAUCUCUGUGACUUUGGUGGUUGUCGGUCCCCAACAUGCUGGUUUGAGUAUAACAGAAACCACUGAUCUCCUGGGACUUGAACACACAACAGUCUCUAGGCUGUUUACACAGCAUGCUGUCAACCAAGGGCAGGAGUCUGAGACUACAGGGCGUAGAGACUUCCUGAACCUGCACAGUUGAAGGCUGCUGUUGUAGCCCAUCCACCUCAAGUUUCAAUAUGUUGUGCAGUCUGAGAUGCUUUUCUGCUCACCACAGUUAUACAGAGCGGUUAUUUGAGUUAGCGUAGACUUGCUGUCAGUUGGAACCAGUUUGGUCGUUCACCUCUGCCCUCUCAUUUCCAGCCACAAAACUACUGUUCACUAGAUGUCUGUGAAGAUUCUCAGUCAUCCAGGUCAUAGUAAACUGUGGGUGGUAAAAGAGAGCAACUGGACUUGCUUGAAGAUUCUUGAAGACGUUUCACCUCUCAUCCAAAAGGCUUCUUCGGUUUUGUCUGACUAAUAGGGAGUAUCAGGUAUUUAUCUUCUCAUGGAUGAAAAGCAAUCCUAAGGUG